UUAUAUUGAGACAGUCUAAAUUGUGCAACGUAUAUAUUUCCGUUUUAUUUUUGUGCAAUUUUGUUUUGGGAAAAUGGAGAAACAAAUACAAAAAAAAUUUGAAACAGAAAAAGGUAAGCCGUGUAUUUUAGUUGAAGAUUAUAAAUAUAGUGAAUUUAAAAUUCUGAAAAAGUGUGGGAACAUUCGGUAUAACUGUACGAAUAAAAAUUGUUCUGCCAGUUUACUCGUUGACAAGGAUGUAACCAAAGUGUUAAGUAUGUUAAAUGAGCAUACACAUGAGGUGAUUCCAAAAAAUAUUAUUAAUAGGCAAAUUGUGAGUUCUCGUUUAAAAAGAAAAUGUGAAAAUGAUCUUCUUACUAGGCCAAAUAAAAUAAUUAGGCAAGAACUUAUAAAUACCGAAAACGAUAUCCAGCCGGUUUAUUCUGAUAUAAAGUUAUGGAGAAAGUGUAUGUAUGAUAAACGUAGAAAGAAUAUGCAAAAAAUUCCAAAAUCGUUAGAGGAAGCGAUAACUCAGUUGUUAGAUGGUCGUGAAAAUAUUAUAACUAAUACUGGUGAACUAUUUUGUCAUAUGGAAGAAACUUCAAGUCCAAUUAUAUUCACUUGCAAAACUAAUCUUGAACUAUUGAGUCAAUCUUCUCAUAUUUUUGCAGACGGUACAUUUUCAUAUGCACCCAAAUAUUUUGAACAACUGUAUUCAAUACAUAUAUUACAAAAUGGUUUUUAUGCUCCUAUAAUUUAUUGUUUUUUAAUUUCAAAAUCAACUGAAACUUAUAUACAAAUGUGGCACACAAUUAUUAAUUUAUGUUUAAGAUUCGACAUAAAUAUACAAAAUUCAUUAAAGUGUUCAAAUUUUCAUUUUGAUUUUGAAAAGAGUGCUCACAACGCUGUUAGACAUUUUUUCCCAAACUGCAAAAUUAUGGCCUGCAGAUUUCAUUUAGGCCAAUCAUGGUUCAGGAAAAUUCAAAGUGACAGUAAUUUAUUAAAAAACUAUAAUUCAAAAUCUGAACUAGGUGUAUGGUUGAAACAAUUUUUUGCACUUGGAUUUUUACCUUCGGAAGAUGUAGAAGAUGCUUUUACUUAUUUAAUUGAAAAUAGCCCUACUGAUAAUUUUGAAUUUACUGAUUAUAUACUGAACAAUUAUAUAUCAUCUGAUGCCGCUUUCCCACCGAUUUUAUGGGCAACUGAACCUUCAACAGAGGCAAGAACGACCAAUGGGCCAGAAUCUUUCCAUAGCCACUAUAAUGCUCAGUUUUAUACUUCUCAUCCAUCUAUUCACCAAGUGGCGAAAAAUUUAAGCUAUAGGUUCAACUAUAAUGAUCUCAGAACUUCUACAGAAAUCGGUAAAUUUUUAAACAGCUUUUUUGGACUACCUUUUUUACCUCCUGAAAUGGUGAGUGAUGUGUUUGUGUUUGAGCUUAUGGCCAUUGCUCCAACUGGUUGUGACGAAUUUACAGACUAUAUAUUUGAUAACUAUAUUUCUGAAAAUUCUAAAUUCCCUCCUCAUGUUUGGUCUGAAUGUUCAAAUAGUAUAAAAAGAACAACAAAUGCAUGUGAAGCUUUUCACUCGAAAUUUAAUUCAUAUUUUUACUCUAGUCAUCCACAUAUUUUCCAAUUCAUUGACGUCUUAAAACCAUUCCAGAUUAAUACAUAA